GGUGUCCUUUUGGUCUCCGAGUCCCGCAUCUUCUCCCCCUCCAUCAUCAUGUCUUCUCUCGGCGGGGACUUGCUGCAGAUCCCUCUGGGGCUCAUCAACAGCGCGGGCAAGUAUCUGACCGCGGAGACGUUCGGCUUCAAGAUCAACGCGUCCGCCAGCGGCCUGAAGAAGAAGCAGACCUGGACCCUGGAGCAGACCGGGGAGGACGGCAGCGUCGUGCACCUCGCCUCCCACCUGGGCCGCUACCUGGCCGCGGACAAAGACGGCAACGUCACCGCAGACAGCGAGGCGCGCGGCCGGGACUGCCGCUUCGUCCUCACCGCGCACGAGGACGGGCGGUGGUCGCUGCAGUCCGAGCCCCACGGCCGCUUCCUGGGCGGCAGCGAGGACCGGAUCACCUGCUUCGCGCAGACCGCCUCCCCGGCGGAGAAGUGGUGCGUGCACCUGGCCGUGCACCCGCAGGUCAACAUCUACAGCUUUGCGCGCAAACGCUUCGCCCACCUGAGCGCGCACGGAGAGGUGUCAAUAAACCGGGACGUGCCCUGGGGGGUGGACUCGCUCGUGACGCUCGUGUACCGGGAGCAGCGGUACCACCUGGAGACCUCCGACAACCGCUUCCUGCGCAACGACGGCGGCCUGGCCGCCAAGCCGGACAUGGACACCGGCUACAUGCUGGAGUUCCUGUCCGGUAAGGUGGCGUUCCGCGACUGCCACGGCCGCUACCUGGCCCCCGUGGGUCCCACGGGAACAAUGAAGUCUGGGAAGAGCAGCCGGGUGGGGAAGGAUGAACUGUUCGGCCUGGAGCGCAGCCACGCGCAGGUCGUGCUCACUGCGGGCAACGAGAGGAACAUCUCGACCAGGCAAGGAAUGGAUCUGUCGGCUAAUCAGACAGAGGAAGGGGACCAAGAAGUCUUCCAACUGGAGAUGAACCGUGCAGACCGGAAGUGUGCUUUCAGAACUGCUGCUGGGAAAUACUGGACUUUGACAGCAACUGGAGGACUGCAGUGCACUGCCUCCUCCAAGUCUGCAGACAGUCACUUUGAACUGGAGUGGUGUGAUGGUCGCGUGUGUAUCCGUGCAGCCAAUGGCAAGUAUGUGACUGCGAAGAAGAACGGGCAGCUAGCAGCAACCGUCGACGGUGCAGGAGAGGCCGAACAGUUCCUGAUGAAGCUGAUUAACCGUCCAAUCAUCGUCCUCCGUGGGGAGCAUGGCUUCAUUGGGGCUCGUAAAGCUGGAUUUCCAACCCUCGACUCCAACAGAGCGUCCUAUGAUGUUUUCCAACUAGAGUUCCAUAAUGGUGCUUACUCCCUUAAAGACUCUCAGGGGAAGUAUUGGUGUGUUGAAGACGACGCAGCAGUUGUGUGCAGCAGCGCCAUACCAGUCCAGUUCCUCCUGGAGUUUUGUGAUCUCAACAAGAUGGCCAUUCGAGUUGUUGGGGGAAAAUAUCUUAAAGGGGAUCAUGCUGGAGGGUUGAAGGCCAACGCGGACUCCGUGGACAGCGCCACCCUCUGGGAAUAUUAGGAGGACUUCGCUGCUAUCUGACACGACUUAAAAAUGAUGAUGUUGUCUUGUGUUGUUUUGUGUUUCUGUGUGUGAGUGUAGUUGUGAAUAUUUUGAAUGGCUGUGUGGUGGAAAUCGAAGCUGAUAAACUGGACGUCAAGACAGCAAAGUGCUGCAAACAUUUGAUUUUUUUUUGCUCAUAUCUUGCUGGACUCUUUUUAACUGACAUUUGGGAUUAACGUGAACUUGUUCUACUGAAUGUGUGGCUUUUUUCACUUUUAUCCCAUCUUACACAAGCUGUACUUAUGAACUGUUGAUAUUUGUGGUACUUUCUGCUGGUGUAACAAACGUAGAAUUCUGCAACUCAGCUGCUUUAAUGUCUUACUGGUUAUAUACACAGCUUUCAUUUCUUGUUCACUUAAAAAAAAAAAAAACUAAAAUAGACACACCGGAUGAAGCAAUGUUACUGAUUUGCAUCCCUCUGCUGUAAAUACUGCUUUGUCUGUUGCUUUAAAAUAUUCCCUUCAAAACAACCAUAGAGGAAGUUGGCAGAUAUUACAUUCGUUCCAAGUUUUCUGCUUUUAGGCUGUCGUUAAAAUCUCUAGCAAGAUAAACCUCUAGGAAACAGUCAGUGAUCAAAGAUUUCAGAAUCAGAUUCUCUGUUUAUUGCUUUGAUAAGAUAAUUGUCAAAAGAUUUUCAACCAUAUUCAAAAACUGCACAAAUGUCAAUAAUUUACAGAAGCAUUUAAAAUAACUCAAAUAAGAGGGAUUUUUUUUAAAUUUUCUAAUAAAAGCAGUGACAGGGAGGCAGUAAAUGAGGCCAUUUUAGAACACAAGGACAUAAAAUGCACAAACAUACCGUCUUAAAAUACUGAACUGUAAAAAAAAAAAAAA